AUGGCAGGCACAGGCGUCCCCCUCGACCUAGCGUCCCUAGUCUCGAUCUGGCUCGAGUGCGUGCUAUAUGGGGCCGCGCUCCCAUUGUUUGGCGCCGCUGUAUGGGUCAUCUUGCGCCGCAAAGGCGGGGUGAACAAGCUCAUGCUGGGGGCAGCUUCCCUCCUCACCCUACUGGCAACGAUCCACCUAUCGAUGAACCUCACCCGUGCUUUCCUCGCGUUCAUGCCGAACCAGACGAACCCAAAUGGAGCGAAUGAGUACUUCAACCAGCUGCGCGAUCCAGCCACAGACGGAAAGUACGCCAUCUUCACCCUCCAGACCGUAGUGGGGGAUCUGUUCAACAUAUACAGGCUUUAUAUCAUCUGGAACCACAGUUGGCGGAUCGUCGUCUUCCCAGUACUGAUCUUCCUCGCAAGCAUCACGGCAUCAGCCAUCUCCCUAAGCGUCAUGCUCACCCAAGGCGGCGCGCCGGUCGAUGCUCUCUACACGUCUGUCCGGAUCAACGGCCUCAUCCUCGCUUUCCUAGCCCUGAUCACCCUCCAGCCACUGGUGACGUCCUCCCUCAUCGCACUCAAGCUGGUAGUCAGUGAGCGCACGCUCCAUCGUGCUGCUGGCGUAUACGGCGCAGGAAAGAAUACGAGAGGGAGCCUCCUCCCUAUUGCUAGGAUCGUACUAGACUCGGCGGGAGCGUAUGUACUGACCAUGCUAGGGAUGGUAGUCCUGUUCGUGAGCGGGAGCACAGUGUUCUUCGUCUUCCUCGAAGCGGUCGUCCCGGUUAUCGCUAUCACGUUCUGCAGCAUCAUCAUCCGUAUAGAGGCGCACUCGUCUGCGCUGAAGCUCCCACAGCCCGUUUCCUCAGAGUCGCACACACCGGCUCCCCCAUCACAUUCGCGCGCAAGCACACUGACGGGGAAGAGGAGCCGGACACCGGAGGAUAGGGUGUAUAGCAACCCUGUGGUUAUCACUGUUAGUACAGAACGACUUAGCGGGAUCUUGGAUGUCCCUAGGGUGGUCGAGGAGCAGGAGGAGCAGGAGGAGACAAGGGUGGUGACUUGGCCUUUCGCGGAGGAUGUGUAA